AUGCACUUUUCACAGCCACAGCAGCAGCAGCAGCAGCAGCACUUACAGCAGCAGCGACUGGCGCAGCAACAGCAGUUUCAGCCGCAGCAACGGCAGGCGCAAGGGGGGUUUCCUUGUGUGAAGGAAGAGCAGUUUCAGGAACAGCACGUCUACUCGCUGCCUCAUAGUAACCACCAGCAACAGCAGCAGCAACAGCAGCAGCGGCAGCAGCAGCAGCAGCAGCAGCAGCAGCAGCAGCGGCAGCAGCAGCAGCAGCAGCAGCAGCAGCAGCAGCAGCAGCAGCAGCAGCAGCAGCAGCAGCAGCAGCAGCGGCAGCGGCAGCAGCAGCAGCAGCAGCAGCAGCAGCAGCGGCGGCAGCAGCAGCGGCAGCAGGCGGGGGUACACGGCGGCUUUCAAGAUCACGGCGCCAGCAUGCACGCCAUGCCCGCUGCAUCAUCGCCCUCCCCACCCCCGCCGCCAACAUCGGGAAUCGACCUCAUUCUGCACGAUGGCUGUCCGCCUACCACCACCCACGCGCCUCCUCUCGCACCCGCUUCCCACCACCAGCAGCAGCAGCAGUGGUACAAGCCUUUCCCAGAUCCACAUCACGGUGAAUUCACGGGGUCCUAUUCGAUCGUGGGCGCGGGAGAAAACGAGGCCGCGGUUGGCGGUGGGAGCGGGGGGAGCAGCAUGCAGUCGGGGAGCUUGGUGUCGGACGAGAGUGGCGCAGCGGUCACUCGAUCGUACCAUGAGGGCCCCACGCCGCCUGUGCCUCAGCAACCCCCUGUACAGGCCACCUCCGCCUGCUUCCCUCAGCUGGCGUCACCCACUCCACCUGCCCUGCAGCAAGCACCACUCCCGACAGCACCACACCCAGCAGCGGGAGCAGCAGCAACGGUGCAGGCAGUGGCGUACCGGGGAGUGCGGCAGCGCAAGUGGGGCAAGUGGGUGUCGGAGAUCCGGGAGCCGCGCAAGCGCACACGCAUCUGGCUGGGGUCCUACGACUCGCCUGAGGACGCCGCCCGCGCUUACGACCUCGCCGCCCGCAUGCUGCGCGGCCGUAAAGCCCAGCUCAACUUCCCACAUGAUCACCCCCUUCCUGGGAGCGCACAUGGUACAGAAGGAGUGGGGAAGAAAGGGGGUAGUGACGUUGGAGGGGGGGCGGCGGGUGGAGUGUGCGUGGUGCGGGUGCAGCUGCCGGCGUCUGCUGCGGAGGCGCUGCUGAGAGCGUCUCAAGAGGCCGUGGUGGCUCUGGGGCUGUCGCCUGAUGAAGUGGUGGGGCCCGGCACACUGCUGCCCUGGGGGAGGAAAGGUCCAUGCGUGGGGCGACUAGGGGGCGCGAUGGGGGUGGUCGGGGUGGGGGGAGUGGGAGGAGUGGGUGGAAUGGGGAUGGAUGAGGGGGCUUCUGUAGGAGAUGGAUGUGUGGCGGAUGGGAUGGGGAGAGUGGACGGCAGGUUGGGACGGAGCGAGGAAGUGAGGGUGGGCGUGAAAAGAAGCAGGCUUGAACGGGACGUUAAACAGGAAAUGGAGUGCGCCCAUGUGCCAACUCCCUCCUCCAAUCCUGUGCUUCGCCUGGUGUGCGACGAGUGCAGCAAGCCAUGUCGCUCGGCCACCGAGCGCGAUCUGCACACGAAGCGCACGGGCCACACGGCUUUCUCCGACGAGACGGCUGCAGCAGCCAAGCCUCUCAACCUCGAUGCUGCUUCAGCUGGGGGCGGCGAGGAGGGAGCGAAGGCAGGGAGGAGCGGGGAGGGGCGCGGCGGGGAGUCCGCGGAGGAGAUGGUGGCGCCGUGGGUGAAUCCGGAGCUGUUGUCGGACCUGGAGGCCAUGGGGUUCUCCCACAACCGAUGCGUGCGCGCCCUGCACUCCUCCGGUGGCGAGUCGAUUGUGAAUGCAGUGGCGUGGAUAGCGGACCACGAGAACGACCCUGACAUCGAUACACUCCCACUCGUGCCAGUAGCACAGAGCAAGCCGAAGAAGCAGCUGACGCCAGAAGAGGCAAAGCGACUGGCAGAUGAGCUCAGGGAGAAGGCUAGGAAGAAGCGUGAAGAGGAGGAGAAGCAGAGGGAGAAGGAAAGGGAGAGAGAGCGCAUAAGAGCAGGCAAGGAGCUGCUGAUCGCGAAGCAGAAGGAGGAGGAGGAGGAGCGCAAGAGGCGCAUUGAGUUUCGGCGGCGGGAGAAGGAGGAGGAGCAGCGGGCGAGGGAGAGGAUUCGACAAAGACUGGAAGAGGACAGGCAAGAGCGGCGCAGGAAACUGGGCCUGCCUCCAGAGGAACCCAAGCCCCCCGCUGCCGCUGCUGCUGCCGCCACUGCUGAGGCCGGUGCUGCCAAGGGGGCAGCGGAGCAGGAGAAGGCGCAUCUGCCUGUGAAGCCAGCAUCGCUAGCGGAGAAGAUGAGGAGUGCGCUCCGUGCUCUCAAGCAGGCACACAAGGAGCAAGAUGGCAAGGUGAAGGUGGCGUUUGAGACGAUGCUCAAGUACAUCACCAACGUAGCACAGCGGCCCAGCGAGGACAAGUUCCGCCGCAUUCGCCUCGCCAAUGCCGCCUUCCAGGAUCGUGUUGCGGUGUUCCCUGAAGCCAUAGACUUUCUGCAGCUCUGUGGCUUUGAGAAGGACGCACAGGGGGAGCACUUGGUGAUGCCGGCAGAGAAGGCAAUUCCGGAAUUCCUCAACGUAGCGGGGCAAGAGCUGCACACUGCCAUCUCCAAUCCCUUCUUUGGCGUGCUCUAG